AAAUGAUUCUUGUCCUGUGAACUCCAGAGUACCUUUUGUUCUGUGAAAGACAGUUGAACUCAGGCCUACGUGACUGAGGGGGAGGUCAUCGUGACCGAAGUUAUACAAGAUAUGUUCCAGAUGUUAUGUGAUUUCAAAAUGUCCUGCCAACAGGGCCAAGGAAGGAUGAGGUUUGGUAAUCCACGUCAUUGUUAUUGUUCACUGGGUCUAUUUAAGGGUGAACGGAAUAAACGGGGUAUCCCUUUUCCCUCAACUGCAUACAAGUUGUGUUGUGCCUCUUAUUAUUCUACAACAUUUGGCGUCACGAACAGGAUUGGAAGGAAAGACGUUGAUGCUCGUGGCCUUCUGACCUGCACCAUAUUGCAAACCAACGGCCGUAAAAACAGGAGAAAAGCAGGGCUCCUGAGUCCACGGAGGUGUCAGACGGCCUGGUGGUGCCAGGCGAUCAGGUGUACAUCAAGGUGUACAGGCGAAAGUGGCACGAGCCAAGACGAGAGGGACCCUAUAAGGUGGUGCGAGCAACACCGACGGCUGUCCAAGUGGAAGGGAGCACGACGUGGUACCAUUUAAACCACUGCACCAAGGUGCGUCCAGCCCAAUCCAAGCAAGAGGAGGAGUUGAGCAACAAAGGAAGCACACAUGGAACGCCAAACGCCAAAGAUUCACUUGCUGGUGAUGGUGAGCUGCAUGUUGUGGGCACUGAUGAAUGCAAUACCAGUGUCUCACACCAAGGGGGAAGGGACGCUGUCCUCCAAGGAAGUCCAAAGACAUGAAACAGAUGAGUACUAUGCAACUAUACGCCACUCAGCACCAGCACAACGGAGGGACAAUGUAGAGUUUGCAGAAUUAUGGACUGCCAAAAUUAAGGUCAGUCAACUAGGGAGAGUGGAGGAUGUUCGUUCACUUACAGUGUCACUAUUCGGUAGGGGUAUAUGUGGAGUGGAUUUUAAAAUAGAAGAUGAGCCUCCAGAAUGGGGAUCAGACCAAUGCACUUUAAUAGUACUACAAAAACCACAGCAGUGGGAAGUGGGUGUUAGACUAAAGCCGCAGUGGAGAGAACCACAUUAUCCUUUUUAUCUAAUUGUAGACAAGUCAAAAGGGGGAGCAUGGCCAGAUAAACAGACAUACAUCCUAAGUAUGUACUAUACGGAACCGCCAGGAGGUAAAAUUGUGCAAUUGCCAAUAAGGCCAAUAAAACGGAAAAGUAGGACCACUCCAGUAGGGGUGACCUUGCAAGUCACUGACACUACUGCAACCCAGCAGCCUCGGCCGAUCCUACAUGACUUUGUCACAACAGCAACCACUCCACAAUCUAUGGAUGUGGCAGCGCCGACCCCUGUUAUUGCAGUACCCAAUCCACAGGCAACUAGUGGAAGCACAACAAUCAGCGUACAAAUGACAUCAGCUGUAACAACAACGUCUGCAGGGUUCACGACCAUGACAACUGAACCAGUUGUAUUGUAUGAUGAGUAUUGUGACAACUGUACCUAUAGCAACUAUGACUCAAGAAACAACAAUUCAGAUUUUGUUGACUACCCAGAUUUUGGUAAUGGUAGACCAAGAAGUUUUGAAACAGAGGAAGAGAGUAAAUGGGAACAAGCCAGAUACAAUGGGUGGUAUAAAUGGAUAUGGUACACAACCAGGGAAAUGACAAAUGUGGAAUGCAUAGCAUGUUCAGCAGCUCCAACCGCGUUACCAAUUGUAAUUCCUGAAAAGAACAGUUUCAAAACAUGUGCAGAUGAACAAAGGCAGAAAUGUAAAAAAAGAGGAUUCGUGUCAACUAAUCAUAAAAUUAGGCUUUUCUCAUUACCAAUGUGCACCAUACAAUGUAGAUUAAUUUAUGGCUCAAAAAAGACACACAAUUUAAUGAGUCCACUGCCUGCUCGGGCUAAGGAUAAUGUGUGCACUGAGUUUGGACUCACAACAGCCUUAGAUGGACCCCCAACAAAGUAUAAAGUAGAUAGAACGGCAGAGUAUGAAUGUUUCGCAAGCGGUGGGUUUAAGACUGAUAACCAACUUGGGAAUUAUGUGGGAAAUACUACGGUGAAGUGUAAAGUAACUUGGGUACUAUCUUGGUUUCCACACGCAAACAUGAUUCCGAUUUUUGUCACCAGACCGGUAUGGUAUGAGAACCCAGGCCCAAAUGAUCAGUCAUGUCAAAAUAUAACAAUGACAAUACCUAAUAAUCAAUUUUUGGCUGUACAAUCUACGGCAGUAGCGGACAGCUAUUGGAUGUGUGGAGAUGACAUAUUGCGUAAUGUUCUGCCUCAGCAAUGGAUUGGCCUGUGCACAUUGGUAAGGAUGAAAGUGCCCGUUCAAGUAAUGUACAAAGGUGUCCGAGAAGUACUCCAAACACAGGGUGCCAUUAGAUUUAAAAGAUCAUACAUACCAGACUCUCGGGUCUAUCUAGACGCAAUAGGGCAACCACGAGGAAUUCCAGAGGAAUUCAAAGCUAGGAGUGAAAUUAAGGCUGGUCUGGAGUCCAUAUUUAUCUGGAUUAUGCCCAAUAAAAAUGCGGAAUGGAUUAAUUACGUGUAUUAUAAUCAACAACGCUUUAUUAAUUAUACCAAUGAAGCCCUCAGAGCGCUCGGAGAACAAUUACAUGAAACAACCAAAAUGUCAUGGCAAAAUCGUCAAGCCUUGGAUUGGAUGCUUGCUGAGAAGGGGGGAGUGUGCCACAUGUUUGGAGAACAAUGUUGUACCUACAUACCCAUGAACACGGCCAGAAGAGGAUCUUUUACUACAGCAAUGUCUAGAAUUAGUGAACUAAGCAAAGAGUUGACAGGAAAUGCAGGGAAAGAUGUAAAGGCACUUGACUGGUUCACCACAAAGCUUGGGCAUUGGGGUGCUAACCUGGCAAGAACUGGAAUAACUGCAGUAAUAGUUUUGACAGUGAUAUGUCUGUUACUUUGUUGCAUCGUACCCAUUCUGAAGAAAGUACUGAUUAAGACUUUUGUAAGACAGAUGACUGCGCUGGCGGUUACCAAAGUGGCAGAGGCUCAGCUAGCGCAACUGGUGGUCGAGCAGCCUGAUCUAUUUCCCAAUCCGGACGAUCGUGAGGACGAUGACACCGACUCAGAGGACUCAAUGAGCCGUGAGGUAUGAUUGACUGUGGGAUUGGGAAAGGAGCUGGAAUUUGAGCUGGACACCACCAACUGUAUAUCACAAUGCGCUGAGGCCUCUCCACGAACUGUGCUAGUAGCGUGUGGAAAACCGCCAUGCCAAGGACAGGACUGACAUAAAAGGACAAUGGACUUGGCGGGACUGAACAACAAUGCACUCACUCACAGUUAGUCAGUGUUGGACUGCUGAGUAACACCAGUUAGUUAUUAUUAACAAGUGUAUUAUUUCAGUUAUUUAGCAUUAACUACCAUGUCAGGAUUAUGUCACUCACUUACUAGGUUAGUUACUCUGUAGUCGCUGUGAGUUUACACUGACGCAGUUAUUCAAUGAGUUACCUGAGAAGUACAUUAGAUCAUGAAGAAUUAGACAUGGAGUAAAAUUUGUGAUCUGUUCAAUAUUCACUAUAUCACAGCACUCAGAGUACAGUUUAUGCCACACAUAUAUACUAUCUCUAUAGACAGGUGUAGUUGGUAGAUCAUUGAGUUAACUCAUAAUAAUAAUAGUUACCAGACAGUUAGAUAAGUAGUUGGCACAGGGUCAGCUAUACCAACCAAGGGGACCCUCCAGCCGAGACGAGCCAUCCAUGAGGACCACGCCAGCCGAGACGAGUCAUUCCUGAGGGCUGUAAUCGAGGGAGCCAGAUCGUGCGGGAGGACAUCCAUCCAGGAGGCAGGCUAUGAGGAAGGGGUGAGAUGAGCGCCCUCCUCCAACAUGUGACGUGCCAAGUCACCACCUCGUUUCGGCAAAAGAAGCCCCUCAUCACAAAGGGUCCCUCCAGAUGACAUCGUGCUGAUCAUCGGCGGAUGAUCGAAGAAGGGACUGAAGAUGGCCUACACCAUUCUUACAGAGGCACAAUAAUCCUCUGGGCGGUGAUGAUAUGAGCAGAAACAUUUCUCCCGACCUUGCCACACACCGAAUCACUGCCCAUAACACGUUCCCCACUUCCCCGUGCCCAUUCUUCAGGACAAGCAUGCAUCAAAAUCCCCACGAACUUAAUCUUUGAACUUCUUUCGGAAAAUGAAGACGGUGAAAUGACGGGUCUAAGAGACAUUAUUAUUUGGUUUGGGGGUUUGGGACCCCCAAAAGGGGGGAAUAUAUUGUAAAAUGAUUCUUGUCCUGUGAACUCCAGAGUACCUUUUGUUCUGUGAAAGACAGUUGAACUCAGGCCUACGUGACUGAGGGGGAGGUCAUCGUGACCGAAGUUAUACAAGAUAUGUUCCAGAUGUUAUGUGAUUUCAAAAUGUCCUGCCAACAGGGCCAAGGAAGGAUGAGGUUUGGUAAUCCACGUCAUUGUUAUUGUUCACUGGGUCUAUUUAAGGGUGAACGGAAUAAACGGGGUAUCCCUUUUCCCUCAACUGCAUACAAGUUGUGUUGUGCCUCUUAUUAUUCUACAACACUGUCAAAUGAUUAAAAAUGUUAUUCAAAUGAAUGAAUAAUGAUUCAUCACCAUUUGUGUGAAAUAUGCUCAUUUUGACUGUAUUUUAUGACCAAAAAGAUAAGUGACAGGACACAAGUGUAUACAUAUUUGUAUGCAUUAACAGCUCCAAAUGAAGUGAAAAUGUACAGAUCGCACACAUGUCUGAAAAUCUAUCUGCCUAACACGAGUCUCUUUCAUAGUAGCACUGCAUUGGAGACACACUUCAAAGACACCACGUCAUUUAAGUUGAAUUGACAUUUUUUGUGUGUAGAUGUGUUUUCUGGGAUUUCCAAGCAUACUUGAAUGCAUCAAAUUGUACUUCCGCUGCAAGAGUUACAUUAGUGAAUAACAAGAAUAUCCACUUCUUGUUUUUCUUUGUCUUCGUGUUUAUGUAGACCCCACGCACAAUAAAGAUGAGUGUGAUUUUCUGAGUGUCCGUGAAUGCAUCUCCUCUCCGGACAAAGUGUGGAAGUGUGGUUCCGAGGAGGACAAGAGACGUGUUUGAGUUGGAGAUACAUACU